AUGAAUCCCAACAAUAACCCUCUUAACACCCAAAAUUCUACUAAUUAUCUUUUCAAUUAUCCAAAUCCCAACUAUAUAUUUCAAAAUCAAUCUUCCAACCAACAAGGUCCCCAAAAUAUAUCAAAUUUCAUAAUGUCGUCAUCUAAUCCAAAUUAUCGUCCAUAUUAUAGAUCUAUGAUGUCAUAUUCAUCUCAAGCACCACAUUAUUAUUCUUCUACUCCAAUGGGAAAUGAAAAUGUUCCUAAUGUUGGACUUGAUGAAUUUCUUGAUUUUUCUACACAAACGGCUCUUGGUGGCAUAAGCGGUGGUCAUGGAGUCACUCCAAAUGCAGAAGAUUCAACUCAUGUUCGUCGGAAAAGCCCCAAAUGGACCACUGAUCAAAAUUUGAUUCUAAUUAGUGGGUGGAUUAAAUAUGAAACAGACAAUGUUGUUGGGAGAAACCAAAAAAGUGAUUCAUAUUGGGGUAAAAUUGCUUAUUACUGUAAUGAGCAUUGCUCAUUUGAUCCUCCCCGUGACGGAGCUGCAUGUAGAAAUCAUUACAACUACAUAAACAAAAUACUUAAUAAAUGGACAGGCGCUUAUGACAACGCUAAGUGUAUGCAAAAAAACGGGUGGUUGGAGAAUGAUGUAUUGGCAAAAGCGCAUGAAUUAUAUUCAAGUGCCUUGAAAUCAGUCAAUGAAGAGUGGAAUGAAUUCAAACAAUUUAAGGAGAAAAAGUUGGAACGAUUGGAUAAAAUAGCCAUGAGGCAAGAGGAAGUUAACCAAUUGUUGAAAGAAAGUACUGAGGCUAAGAAGAUGAAGAUGUUUAUGAAGUUAAGUUCAAAGGAACAUCUUGAUGACCGGAGCAAAGAGUUGCUGGAAAAGUUGGGUCGCGAUCUAUUUGGAAAUUAA